GCAGCAGGGCGGCGGGUAAUUUGCGUCCCCCUCAGCCAAUGGGAGGGCGUCGCCCCGGCCAGCUACUUUUUCUGAGGCUCCUGCUGCUUCCCGAGAGCCACAGUUGCCACCUUGAGCUGUGAGGCGCUUCUCAGCCGGCCGGUCCCACCCACACGCGGAGCACAGACCCAGCAGGGCUCGGCGCCACCACCCCGCACCGCCGCUCCCCGCUGCUUCUCUGCGUCUGCACCCGUGUCUCACCCACGACCCGACGGCACAAGGGGCCACGGUAGCCAAUGGAAGCGCUCAGAUAACGCAGGUCGGGGGCGCUCGCGCCCCCCAUCCUCGCUAGCAUGGUUCGGCCGCUGUCCCUUGGAGAGCUGCCUCCAAGCUACACACCUCCAGCUCGGGCCUCAGCACCUCAGAUCCUAGCUGGGAGCCUGCAGGCUCCUCUCUGGCUUCGUGCUUACUUCCAAGGCCUGCUCUUCUCCCUGGGGUGCAAGAUCCAGAGACACUGUGGCAAAGUGCUCUUCCUGGGACUGGUGGCCUUUGGGGCUCUAGCACUGGGUCUCCGAGUGGCCAUUAUUGAGACAGACCUGGAACAGCUCUGGGUAGAAGUGGACAGCCGGGUGAGCCAAGAGCUGCAUUACACCAAAGAGAAGCUGGGGGAGGAGGCUGCCUACACGUCCCAGAUGCUGAUUCAGACUGCACGCCGGGAGGGGGAAAACGUCCUCACCUCCGAGGCCCUCAGCCUUCACCUUCAGGCAGCACUCGCAGCCAGUAAAGUAACAGUGUCACUUUAUGGGAAGUCCUGGGAUUUGAACAAAAUCUGCUACAAAUCAGGGGUUCCCCUUAUUGAAAAUGGAAUGAUUGAGCGGAUGAUUGAGAAGCUGUUCCCGUGUGUGAUCCUCACCCCCCUUGACUGCUUCUGGGAGGGAGCCAAACUCCAGGGGGGCUCCGCCUACCUGCCGGGCCGCCCCGAUAUCCAGUGGACCAACCUGGACCCCCAGCAGCUGCUGGAGGAGCUGGGCCCCUUCGCCUCCCUGGAGGGCUUCCGGGAGCUGCUCGACAAGGCACAGGUGGGCCAGGCCUAUGUGGGACGACCCUGCCUGGACCCCGGUGACCAGCACUGCCCACCUAGUGCCCCUAACCAUCUCAGCAGGCAGGCCCCCAAUGUGGCCCGAGAACUGAGUGGGGGCUGCCACGGCUUCUCCCACAAGUUCAUGCACUGGCAAGAGGAACUGCUCCUGGGAGGCACAGCCAGAGAUCUCCAAGGACAGCUGCUGAGGGCCGAGGCCUUGCAGAGCACCUUCCUGCUGAUGAGUCCCCGGCAGCUGUAUGAGCACUUCCGGGGCGACUACCAGACACAUGACAUCGGCUGGAGCGAGGAGCAGGCCGGCGCGGUGCUGCAGGCCUGGCAGAGGCGCUUUGUGCAGCUAGCCCAGGAGGCUCUGCCUGCCAACGCCUCGCAGAAGAUCCACGCCUUCUCCUCCACCACCCUGGAGGACAUACUGCGCCAGUUCUCUGAAGUCAGCGGGGCCCGCGUGGCAGGCGGCUAUCUGCUCAUGCUGGCCUACGCCUGCCUAACCCUGCUCCGGUGGGACUGCUCCCAGUCCCAGGGCGCCGUGGGUCUCGCCGGGGUGUUGUUGGUGGCCCUGGCAGUGGCCUCAGGCCUUGGGCUUUGUGCCCUUCUUGGCAUCACUUUCAAUGCUGCGACCACUCAGGUGCUGCCCUUCCUGGCUCUGGGCAUCGGCGUGGAUGACAUUUUCCUGCUGGCUCAUGCCUUUACAAAGGUCCCACCUGACACCCCUCUCCCAGAGCGGAUGGGCGAGUGCCUGAGACGCACAGGCACCAGUGUGGCGCUCACCUCCAUCAACAACAUGGUUGCCUUCUUCAUGGCUGUCCUGGUUCCCAUCCCGGCCCUGCGGGCUUUCUCCCUGCAGGCAGCCAUAGUGGUGGGCUGCAACCUGGCAGCAGUCCUGCUUCUCUUCCCUGCCAUCCUCAGCCUCGACCUGCGCCGGCGCCACCGCCAGCGCCUCGACAUUCUCUGCUGCUUUUCCAGCCCCUGCUCUGCUCAGGUCAUUCAGAUGCUGCCCCAAGAGCUAGGAGACAGAGCAGUACCGGUGGGCACUGCCCACCUGACUGCCACCGUGCAGGCAUUUACCCACUGCGAAGCCAGCAGCCAGCACGUCGUCACCAUUUUGCCUCCUCAAGCCCACCUGCUGUCUCCGACUUCUGACCCACUGGGCUCUGAACUCUACAGCCCUGGAGGGUCCACACGGGACCUUCUAGGCCAAGAGGACGGGACAGGGACAACAGUGGCCUGCAGGUCCCUGCUCUGUGCCCACUGGACUCUUGCCCAUUUUGCCCGCUAUCAGUUUGCGCCCUUACUGCUCCAGACACAAGCCAAGGCCCUGGUGCUUCUCUUCUUCGGGGCACUUUUAGGCCUGAGUCUCUAUGGAGCCACCUUGGUGCAAGACGGGCUGGCCUUGACAGAUGUGGUACCUCGGGGCACCAAGGAACAUGCCUUCCUGAGCGCCCAGCUCAGGUACUUCUCCCUGUACGAGGUGGCCCUGGUGACACAGGGUGGCUUUGACUACGCCCACUCCCAACGCGCCCUCUUUGAUCUGCACCAGCGCUUCAGUUCCCUCAAGGCUGUGCUGCCCCCCCCUGCCACCCAGGCACCCCGCACCUGGCUGCAUUACUACCGCAGCUGGCUACAAGGUAUCCAGGCUGCGUUUGACCAGGACUGGGCUUCUGGACGUAUUACCCGCCACUCUUACCGCAAUGGCUCUGAAGAUGGCGCCCUGGCCUACAAGCUGCUCAUCCAAACCGGGAAUGCCCAGGAGCCUCUGGAUUUCAACCAGCUGACCACAAGGAAACUGGUGGACAAGGAGGGACUGAUCCCACCAGAACUCUUCUACGUGGGGCUGACUGUGUGGGUGAGCAGUGACCCCCUGGGCCUAGCAGCCUCCCAGGCCAACUUCUACCCCCCACCUCCCGAAUGGCUGCACGACAAAUACGAUGCCACUGGGGAGAACCUUCGCAUCCCUGCAGCCCAGCCUUUGGAGUUUGCCCAGUUCCCCUUCCUGCUGCAUGGACUCCAGAAGACUGCAGACUUCGUAGAAGCCAUCGAAGGGGCCCGGGCAGCAUGCACUGAGGCCGGCCAGGCGGGGGUGCACGCCUACCCCAGCGGCUCCCCCUUCCUCUUCUGGGAGCAGUAUCUGGGUCUUCGGCGCUGCUUCCUGUUGGCGGUCUGCGUCUUGCUCGUGUGCACCUUCCUUGUCUGUGCUGUGCUGCUGCUCAGCCCGUGGACGGCUGGCCUCAUAGUGCUGGUCCUGUCCAUGAUGACUGUGGAGCUCUUUGGUAUCAUGGGAUUCCUGGGCAUCAAGCUGAGUGCCAUCCCCGUGGUGAUCCUUGUGGCCUCUGUAGGCAUUGGUGUUGAAUUCACAGUCCACGUUGCACUGGGCUUCCUGACCAGCCAGGGUAGCCGGAACCUGCGGGCAGCUCGAGCUCUAGAGCAAACACUCGCCCCUGUGACGGAUGGCGCUGUCUCCACGUUGCUGGGUCUGCUCAUGCUUGCUGGCUCCAGCUUUGACUUCAUCAUAAGGUACUUCUUUGUGGUGCUGACAGUGCUGACCCUCUUGGGCCUGCUCCAUGGACUCCUGCUGCUGCCCGUACUGCUCUCCAUCCUAGGCCCCCCACCACAGGUGGUUCAGAUGUACAAGGAGAGCCCACAGGCCCUACACCCUGCGGCUCCACAGGGAGGCGGGCUCAGGUGGAGCAUGCCUCCCACCCUGCCCCAGAGUUUUGCCAGAGUGACUACCUCUAUGACUGUGGCCCUUCACCCACCACCACUGCCUGGAGCCUACGCCCACCCAGCCUCCGAUGAGCCCACGUAGGCUCCGGCCGCCACCCCAGCUGCCAACAGCUCCUGGCAACCUCGGUUCUGGAGGACUGGGUCUAGCCACUGCGUGAAAGAGCAUCGGAAUCACAGAGACACCACAGGGCCAUAUGAAGCCGCUGGGAAGCAGUGGUGGGGUGUGAAAUGCAGGGUGGCCCCUCGGAGGGGCCUCAUGCUGCUGCCUGCAUCUCCUCCCCUGACUCCACUGCAAACCUAUCUGACACCCAAAGAGAACAGCUACUGCUUGGCCAAGAGCGUCCUAGCACGGAGGGCUCAUGGGAGCUCAUGUCUGUAUCCAGUCUGGGGAGGAAGACUGCAUUCCGCCUGCAGUGCAGCCCUGUCCCCUUCCGCCCCGCACUGUCACCUCAGCAGACCAAGCCUGAGGGUCCUUAGCACAUUCUCCCUUUCCUGGCCCUUCAUUGCUUGGUGACUCCGAGGAGGCCCUCUGCCCUCCACACCGCCUACCAUAUAAAUUAUUUAUGUGAAGAGGUUUAUUUUUGUAUAUAGAUGCUAUUACUGCUGAAAGUUUUAUUUUUAAAGAGUGAAAUAUAUUCUAUACAAACUCAUUUCAAA